AACAGAACAAUGAACAAGAGCUUCGUUCCCAAGCAUGAUAUAUAAGCACCGUGGACAACUUAGGGAGGAAAAACAUUGUGUGAAGCUUCUCAGAGCAAUGGAUAGUGAACAAUCACCACUCAACAUUUACUUCAUUCCUUUCCUAGCACCAGGCCAUCUCAUCCCUCUCUGCAACAUAGCUACACUAUUCGCCGCACGUGGUCACCGCGUCACCGUCAUCACCACUCCCUCCUACGCCCAAAUCCUUCGCAAAUCCAGCCCCUCCCUCCUCCUCCAUGUCGUCGACUUCCCCGCCCAAGAAGCCGGAUUCCCCGGCGGCGUACAACUCAUGUCCGCCGCCAAUGACGAUGAAAGUGCCGGAAAGUUCUACCGCGACAGCAUGCUCCUCCGUGUCCCCAUCACCAGUUUCCUAGAGCAGCACCCACCAGAUUGCGUCAUCGCAGACUUCAUCCACUCCUGGGUACACGACGUAGCGAGCAAUCUCCGGAUAGCCAGACUCGCCUUCAACGGCUUCCCCCUCUUCACCGUGGCCGCCAUGGAGUCCGUGAUAUCGAACCCCGCACUUGUUUCCAACGCCGGCCCCGUCGUGAUCUUUGAUCUUCCCCACCGCAUCACCUUGUGCUCCAGACCACCCAAGGGGGUCACUACCUUCUUGGAGAGGCUCCUGAAAACAGAGAUGAAGAGCGACGGUCUCAUCGUGAACAGCUUCGUGGAGCUUGACGGAGAAGAGUACAUCCAGCACUACCAAAAAUGCAAGGCCCACAAAGCCUGGCAUCUUGGGCCAGCGUUUCUGGCUGCGAAAGUCGGUGAAGAGAGGGGCGAGAAGAGCGUGGUGAGUGAGGAGGAGUGUGUGAGUUGGCUGAACUCGAAGCAGGCGAAGUCUGUUGUGUACGUAUCCUUCGGUAGCGUGUGUCGGUUUCCGGAUAAACAGCUUUUCGAGAUGGCGUGCGGGCUGGAAGAAGCGGCCCAUAAUUUCAUAUGGGUGGUUCCGGAGAAGAAGGGGAAGGAGAACGAGAGCGAAGAGGAGAAGGCGAAGUGGUUACCGAAGGGGUUCGAAGAGAGGAACGCAGAGAAGGGACUGAUCAUCAGGGGGUGGGCCCCGCAGCUUGUUAUCCUGGCCCACAAUGCUAUUGGUGCCUUUCUGACUCACUGCGGUUGGAACUCUACUUUAGAGGCCGCUACAGCUGGAGUUCCCAUGCUGACGUGGCCGGUGUUAGGGGAUCAGUUCUACAACGAGAGGCUGGUUACCGAGGUACGUGGGGUGGCAGUGGAGGUGGGCGCCACCGAGUGGAGAGAGACCGGCUAUGGGGAGAGGGAGAAACUGGUCACCAGAGAUUGCAUCGAGAAGGCUGUGAGGAGGGUGAUGGACGGCGGUGAUGAAGCUGAGGAAAUGAGACGGCGUGCAAAGGAGUUAUCGGAUAAGGCUAAAGAAGCUGUUGGGGAUGGAGGGUCCUCUCACAAUAAUUUAACUGCGCUCAUUGCUCAUCUCACGCACCUCAGAGACACACGCUAAUCCUUAUGCCUUCACACUGCUCACCACUCACCAGAGUAACUUAGGCUUGUUGGUGCUUCUAUUAUCAGUCUUAUUCGUCGUAUUUUGAAUAAAUUUAGUAAUGUUAUCGUUUUCUUUCUUUAAUCAUCUUUUGUGCCAUCGAUACUUGUCCAGUGAUGAAGGCCACACAUGGAAAUGGAGGCUCUUUUAUUGCUGAACAACUCUGUUACCACUGCAUUUAACUUUCUCGCAUCAUUAUCUUACUCAAUUCAAAAA